GAAAAAAAGUUUGCGGACAAGUUGAGUUAUUUUACAGGUUUAUUGUAUGAUUGUAGUCCCCUGAGGCCUGAACUAAGAACCUAGAUUGGUAUGAAUGUGCUGAAGUAUAUUUUGAGAGCACCGACCAACAAAUUGCAAUCUGUGUGCCACAGAAAGUUGUCUACGGAGGCCACAAAAAUGAACUUCGAAACGAUUCUUUACACCAAAGUUGGACGUGUGGCGCACAUAGCUCUGAACCGGCCUGGUAGUCUUAACGCGAUCACCAUGGACAUGCCGAUGGAGCUACAUCAAGCUGUCAGGGCUGCGAACGCAGACGACGAUGUUAGGGUGAUACUGCUGUAUGGUAAAGGGAAGGCGUUCUGUUCUGGAUACGACCUGAAACAGUUUGCAGAGGGCGAGCGAGGUUCGGCGCCCGGCUCCCAGACCAUGCCGUGGUGUCCUUACAAGGACUACAGCCAGGUCAUGCACCCCUGCACCGACGCAUUCAUGUCCUUAUGGAGGAGCCUGAAACCCGUGGUGUGUAAGAUUCACGGUUACGCUGUUGCGGGGGGAAGCGACAUCGCCUUGUGUUCGGACAUCAUCUACAUGGCGGAUGACGCACUGAUAGGGUACCCACCAAGCAGACUCUGGGGUUGCCCUACUACAGCUAUGUGGGUUUACAGGGUUGGUGCAGAGAAGGCCAAACGACUACUCCUGACAGGUGACCUGAUUGACGGACAGGAGGCAGCACGGAUAGGACUGGUCUGUAAGUCUGUGCCUGCCGCAGAACUGGACUCAGAGACAGACAGACUGGUGAACAGGAUUGCAUCAGUACCAACCAAUCAGCUCUUCUUUCAGAAACAGGUCAUCAACCAGGCUGUAGAACAGAUGGGGCUGGCGUCCACACAGAGACUUGCCACCAUCUUUGACGGGAUGACCAGACACAGUCCUGAGGGCGUGGCCUUCCAGGAGCGCUGCAGGGAGGUCGGGUUUAAGGAGGCGGUGCUGGAGAGGGAUGAGGGGGACUGGGGGGCACAGGGACCCAGCUCCAAACUAUAGCUCAUGAAUAUUCAUAAGCAGAUUUGUUAGCAUCAAAUUCUAACUGGCUUUCCCUUCACUGU